CUAACUGUUCAGUACUAAUAACGGUCAAAGUGAUAUCUGAAUGAAUGUCAGUCAAAAAUGUUAAUAAAUCAAUUUUACAAUAAUUAAAUCUGCAUAAUGUUUAUAAAAACUUGUAGAAUAAAACAUAAAUUUUGUUAUUUUAAACAAACAGUAAGAAGUUUAUUCAAAAUAUUUAAACUUUCUAAGAGAGAAGUACACACCGUUCCCAAAGAAGGACCAUGGAGUGUAUUAUUUUUUGGAGUUGAUGAUUUUUCUUUAGAAAGUUUAAAAGGUUUACAUGAAGAAUACAAAUUAAAGACACUAUGUCGACUGGAAAUUGUUACGACACAAAAAAAUAAAAAACAUAAAUUUAUAAAUUAUGCAAUGCAACAUGGAAUUACAAUGAGAGCCUGGCCUGUAACAUUUGAUAUAAAAGAUUUUCAUAUAGGAGUUGUCGUUUCCUUCGGUCAUUUAAUACCAAAGCAUAUAAUUAAUUCAUUUCCAUUAGGCAUGUUAAAUGUUCAUGGAAGUUUAUUACCAAAGUGGAGAGGAGCAUCACCCAUUACAUAUGCUUUAAAAAAUGGAGAUACGCAUACAGGUGUUACAAUAAUGAAUAUAUUGCCAACAAAAUUUGAUAUUGGAGAGAUAAUAGCACAGGAACAAACGAGUAUUCAUCCAGAUGAAACUUUACCAGAAUUACGUUCUAAACUAGCAAAAAUCGGAGCAAAUCUUCUAAUCGAGACAAUUAAAAAAUUGCCAUCGGUGUUAUCAAAUGGAAGACCUCAAAACGAAAAGGAGGCAACGUAUGCUCCCAAGCUUACACCGAAGAUAUCGUUGAUAAAAUGGGAUGAAAUGUCAGCUAUAGAUAUUUACAAUUUACAACGUGCUCUUAUAGAAUUAUAUCCAUUAACUACAAAAUUUCAUGAUAAAACGAUUAAAUUGUUAGAUAUACGAAAAAUAGAUAAACCCAGUCGUCUAACAAAUUUAGAAUCAAAUAUACCAGGUGUUGCGACAUUCGAUAAAGUUAACAAAAUUUUAAUAGUAAAAUGUAAAAAUGAUAGUUGGAUCUCCGUCGCUAAGUUAUUUAUUCCAGGACAUCGUUUAAUGAGUGCCAAUGAUUUUAACAACGGCUUCAUUCUUGGUCAAAAGCAAAAGAUAAUUGUUUUUCAAUAAAAAAUAUUAUAUUAGUUGCAACACCUUUGGAAUAUACACGUACUAUGUAAGUAAUCAUUAUUAUUAUUUAUUAUUAUUUAUUAUUAUUUAUUAUUAUUUCAUUUCUUUUUUUCUUUUUUCUUUUUUUUUUAUAGAUGCAAUAAAGAAGAUAUGAUUAACCGUGUUUAUUUUUUGCAAAAUGGAACACGGGGAGUUAUUGUUAUUUUUAUUAUUAUUCAUGUUCGUUUAUAUUUUAAACACAUUCUUUAUUCUCUUGGCACUUGAAAACGGCUGAGAAAAAUAAAAACAAAACGAAACAUAUAAGAAUAUACUUUUUUAAUAUUAUUAAAUUAUUUGUAAAAAGAUUGAAAAGCUUUUAUCAAUUGAAAUAGGACUAGCGUGCAUCUCGUCAAGCUGGAUUAAAUUUUUAAUUAAAAACAAAAAGAAAAAAUAAGAAAUGAUACCUUAAUAAGUUUGAUGAGAGGUGGGAGAAUAUUCUAUGUGUUAAUCAUUAAAGAAUGCAAUAUAAUUGUUAUCGAUCAACGCAGAGAGAGAACUGAAGGUAUAACAAAAGAAGAGAAAAAAAAACAAAAUAUGAAAUAAUUCGUUCUAGUUAGAAACGCAUAUUCAAUAUUUGCAAGAAUUAUUUGUUUAGUAAUACUUUUCUUCAGCCUCCGAUUAAUUCUGUGCGCACUCUAUCAUGUCAGUUAAAUGUUUUUCCCACAAAAUGGGAAGAAUAUACGACAUGUUAGUAGAGUUAUCGAUAAAUACGCCAUAUGGUCAGAUUUAUACAAUAAUGUAUAAGCGAUUAAUUAAUGUAUUAUAUUUUUAAAUCGUAACGUCAUUUCUAAAGUAAAGUGAUGAUCGAUUAAGUA